GAAAAUUGAGAACACAGAUAGAGAGAGAAAGAGAAAGCAAGCUGCUUCACUCUUCCGUUAACAACCAAAUCCUCCUUCAAGAAGGCUUUCUCUCUUCCUGUUCUGUACACAUUCGAGGUCUUGAUCUACAAUUCCAUAUGGAAGAUUCAACACUUGACCUUGCUCUGGAUAAACCCUCGAAUCUAGAAAAUGAAGAGUCUUUCAUGGAUAACUCUAUGAUCUGUGAUGCGGGCUCCUGCUUGAUACAAAGUGGAUUCACAAUGCCGAAUUGUACAGAUGAAAUUGUGAUGUUCAUAGUUGCUGGAGGCACCUAUCCUCCAGAAAUAGAUUCCUCCAUUAAAUUUAUGGAAGAUUCCUAUUAUGAAGGAGGAGAUAUUUUCGAGACUGAUGAUCCAAUAACAGAUGCUGGUGAUUUCCCUUUCAUAUACCAAUCAGCUCGUGUGGGAAACUUCCACUACCGUUUUGAAAACAUGUCUCCUGGAGAAUACUAUGUUGAUCUUCAUUUCAUGGAAUUCAUAAAUAUAAAUGGGCCUAAAGGAAUGAGGGUUUUCAAUGUUUUCAUUCAAGAUGACUUGGUUUUAUCUGAAUUUGAUGUAUUCUCUAUGGUUGGAGCAAACAAACCAUUACAAGUGGUUGAUUCAAGAAUCUCGGUGAAGGAUGAUGGAUUAAUAUUAGUAAGAUUUGAAGGGGUAACUGGAAGCCCAUUGGUUAGUGGAAUCUGUAUAAGAAGAGCUUCUGCUUUACCAGUUGGAGAGACAGAACCUGAAGAUCUUGUAUGUGGUUUUUGUGCUGCUAAGGUCGAACUUCCAAAAUCUGAGAAGAAAGCUAUGCAAUUGAAAUCUACUGCCAAGUAUGAGCAAAAGAUAAAAGAGCUGAACAUUCUUUGCCAAACCAAGACUGAAGAGUGUUAUCAGGCGUGGAUGUCCUUCACAUCUACUAAUGAACAGUUACAGAAGGUUAAUAUGGAACUUGACAACCUGUCAUUCCGGACUUACUCUCUUGAUCAAACAGUUGAGAAACAAACUGAAGAGCUGAAGAAUAUUUCCAAAAAGUACGAGAAUAACAAGAAAAUGUUGUCGCUUGCAGCUAAUAAUCUAGAGGAAAAGAUUAAGACGAUGAAAGAAGAGAAUUCUCAGCUAUCUCGUGAAGCACAUGCUUGUGUUGAUUCAAUUCCAGAGUUAAAUAAGAUGGUUUCCGCGAUUCACUCAUUGGUUGAACAAUGUGAGGAUCUCAAAAGGAAGUAUAGUGAAGAGCAAACAAAGAGAAAGAAAUUGUAUAAUGAAGUUCAAGAGGCUAAAGGGAAUAUUAGAGUAUUUUGCAGAUGUAGACCACUGAGUAAAACAGAAAUCGGAGCAGGGCAUCAAACAGUAAUCGAUUUUGAUGCAGCCAAGGACGGAGAACUUGGAAUUACAAAUGGAGGCAGUUCUUCGAAAAAGAUUUUCAAAUUCGACCGAGUUUAUACUCCUAAAGAAGACCAACUUGAUGUUUUUGCUGAUGCUCUGCCCAUGGUUACUUCGGUAUUAGAUGGCUACAACGUCUGUAUCUUUGCAUAUGGUCAAACUGGAACAGGCAAAACAUUUACCAUGGAAGGGACAGAGGAAAACCGAGGAGUCAACUAUAGGACUCUCGAGGAAUUAUUUAAGAUAGCACACGAAAGGCGUGAAUUAUUUUCGUAUGACAUAUCUGUCAGCGUCCUUGAAGUGUAUAAUGAGCAGAUCAGAGACUUGCUCGCGCCAUCACCUUCGUCGAAAAAGUUGGAGAUAAAACAAGACUUGGAAGGGGCUCAUCAUGUCCCGGGAUUGGUAGAGGCAAGAGUAGUGAACACGAAAGAAGUCUGGGAUGUACUUCAGGCUGGUACAAACGCUAGAGCAGUUGAAUCAAAUAAUGUUAACGAGCAUAGUAGCCGUUCACACUGUAUGUUGUGCAUUAUGGUAAAAUCGAGAAACUUAUUGAAUGGGGAACAGACCAAGAGCAAGCUUUGGCUUGUAGACUUGGCUGGUAGUGAAAGGCUAGCGAAAACCGAUGCUCAAGGCGAUCGACUAAAGGAAGCUCAAAAUAUCAACAAAUCACUUUCAGCUCUUGGAGAUGUUAUCUUUGCUUUGGCUAAUAAGAAUAGUACUCACAUCCCUUACAGGAAUUCAAAACUUACUCAACUUCUUCAGGAUUCCUUGGGAGGAGACUCGAAAACUCUAAUGUUUGUGCAAAUUAGUCCUUCUGAACACGACUCAAGCGAAACUACGAGUUCACUCAAUUUUGCAACUAGAGUUCGAGGUGUGGAGAUGGGUCCUGUAAGAAAGCAAAUUGACACUAGUGAGAUUCAAAAACUGAGAACAAUGCUUGACAAGGCAAAACAAGACCUGAGAAUCAAAGAAGAAGUGGUUAGGAAAUUAGAGGAGAACAGGCUGAACGUGGAAAAUAUGUCGAGAGGUAAGGAACGUGUUCAGAAGUGUCAACAAGAGAAGAUUAAAGAACUUGAAGCGCAAAUCGAGCUGAAGAUAGCAUUACAAAACCAAUCUGAAAAGCACGCGACUCAUUUGUUUGACAGUUUGAGAGACCGGGAAGAGCUUUGUAGUGAUCUUCAGCACAAGAUCAAAGUGCUGGAGAAGUCAGAUUCGGAUACCAAACUGCAGGUUCGGGAUCUUGAGAAUAAACUGAAAGACCAAGAAAGAGAAUCGCAGUCGCGCAUUGUUCUCUUCCAAGAGAAGAUUGAAGAGCUGGAGAUGAAACUGAAAGAUAAACAAGAAAGUGUUGAUUCUGCUCUUCAUCAAAAGAUUAAAGAGCUUGAAGAUAAGUUGAGAGAUCAAGAGCAACAACAAUUUGCAUCAAAAGCCACUCAUCUUGAAGAAAAGGAGAAUCACAUUGGAACCAGUUCUAUCCCAGUGAACCGAAGAUUGAGCCAAGACUCGAAAAGAUUCAACCAAGACUUGAAAAGAUUGAGCCAAGACUCAAUUAACGGUGAUUCGAAGCAGCUGAACAUUCUUCGCAAUUCAAACUUGUUAUCACUUAAUAACCGCAGAGGCAGCUGUCAGGGUUCUGGUUCUUCGUUACUGAAAGGAAACGAAGUUCAAAUGAGACGUCUCUCUAGGAACAGUGAGACGGAAAACAGUCAUGUUAAGUCGUUUGCAAGAUCUACGAGAAUUGUCAGCAAAUCCAAUUUAGCAACAAAUCAAAGGCCUGUGGCUGCAAUUCCUAUUAGGAUUAACAGAGAACCGGUUGUUCAAGGGCAGCUCAAGAAAGACAACACUAAGAAAAGGGUUUGGUCUUGACAACAUAACGAAAAAAUAGUCUUUUUUAUUUUUAUCAUUUCCGAGGUGUAAAUUUUCUUUGGACACGAGCAAAAAGGAAAAUGAUUUGUAUUUGUUUUUCGAUAUGGACUUUAAGAAGAGUGGUAACCAAAGUGUUGUUAACCAAAGAAUUCAUGAAGGAAAAAGGAGAGAAUGCAUAGAACAUGAAGCAAGAUGUUAUUUUUUAUUCAAUUCUUUGAAAUUUCAACUCCAAUUUUAGCAAAUAAAUGCAUAGUCUUGGGGAAAUUACAUGCAUAUUUUUCAUCUACCGUUAUUUUUCACAACAUAUUGAUUUACAUUUUGUUAAAUCUUUGGAAAUUCAUUACUAA